GUGGGCGAGAGGGGUUCCCUAGAGGCAGUUUGCCAGUGUCAGCGGUUGUCUUCGCGUGCUUUCCGCCCUGUCUAGGACCCAGAUACCGGGAGGCCAGAUGCCAUGUGGGCCUCCAGGGCCCAGCAAUCAGGUCCGGACAGGGGCAGAGCCUGCCUGCUAGCUGCUCUCUUACUCUGUUUCAGCUUCUUACAUGCCCAGGACAUCACGCCCUCGCAAACACCUCCACCCACAUCGAACACCUUGCCCAAAUCAGUCAAAUCUGGCCCGAUCCAGGAGGAAUUAUGUGGCAAGACCAAAUUCCAAGGGAAGAUCUUCGGCGGUAAGAUUGCAAAGGCUGAGCGGUGGCCAUGGCAGGCCAGUCUGAUCUUUCGUGGCAGGCACAUCUGUGGAGCAGUUCUCAUCGACAAAAACUGGGUAGCCAGCGCUGCUCACUGCUUCCAAAGGUCUCUCAAACCAUCUGACUACCGGAUCCUGCUAGGGUACAACACGCUGAGCAGUCCCUCUGACUACAGCCGGCAGAUGACAGUGAGUGAGGUCAUCUUGCAUGAGGACUAUAACAAGCUCAACAGUCUGGAGAAAAACAUUGUCCUACUGCAGCUGCACCACCCCGUGAUCUACAGCUCCCACAUUUUCCCAGCCUGUGUCCCUGACAACACCACGAAGGUGUCCCCUGAUAGUCUCUGCUGGAUAAGUGGCUGGGGAAUGCUCUCAGAGGAGAAGUUCCUGCAACCGCCUUACCCUCUGCUUGAUGCGGAGAUCUUUAUUAUGGAUGAACAGGAAUGCGAGGCCUUUUUCCAGACGCCAGAAAUCAGCACCAUUGAAUAUGACAUUAUAAAAGAGGAUGUGAUAUGUGCCGGGGACCUCACCAAUCAGAAAUCCUUCUGCCGAGGAGACUCUGGGGGUCCCCUUGUCUGCUUUCUGGAUAGCUACUGGUACGUAGUAGGGCUGGCCAUCUGGAAUGGGGCAUGUCUUGAGCCGAUCCACGGCCCCAACAUCUUCACCAAGGUCUCCCACUUUUCUGACUGGAUCAAGAAGAAAAAGGCAGACACACCUGACGUUGACCCCUCCUCAGCACCCCCUGAGGAAAUGGCAUCGGCCCUGACAGGCUGGAAGAACUACACUGCGGGCACUACUCUUGAACCCAGGAUCUGCACAACCCUGCUGUCUUUUCAGGCCCUCCUCCUGCAGUUGAUUUGGCUCGGGAUUCUGUGACUUGUCUGCUGGCCCUAUUCACAGAGAGGCACUUUGCACGGUUCCAUCUGUGGGCCUUCCUGUCCCACCUGAGGCCACAUCAGCUCCAGGCCUGACAGAAUAAAGCAACUAAAGACA